AUGGCCACAGAAACCAGCAAAGUCGUGCCUCUGACCUGCCACGGCCACUCUCGUCCCAUCACUCACAUCUCCUUCUCAGCCUUGAGCCCGGCCUCAGCAUCUUCUUCGCAACCGCAAUACUACCUCAUCUCGGCAUGCAAAGACAACAACCCAAUGCUCCGUGAUGGCCUGACUGGUGACUGGAUCGGUACAUUCGUCGGCCACAAAGGUGCUGUCUGGUCUGCUCGCGUGUCGGCCGAUGGCUCGCUCGCCGCAACCGGUUCGGCAGACUUCAGCGCAAAAGUCUGGGAUACUUUUACCGGCGAGCAACUACACACUCUGCAGCACAACCACAUCGUUCGCGCCGUCGCCUUCCCCGCCCUGCAAGACAGACCCAUCAGCCUGGCCACCGGUGGCAUGGAGAAGAAGUUGCGCAUCUGGGACCUCACGCGCGCAGGUGCUUCAAGCGGUACCUCCUCUGGAGACGAGUGCUACGAAGUCGGUGCAGGCGAGCACGGCCAAACAAUCAAGAGCAUCGUAUGGUCAGCCGCAAACCCCAAUGUGCUGACCACGGCUUGUGAUGACAAGAAGAUGCGCUGGUGGGACUUGCGAUCGCGCUCUGCAAUCGCGACACACGAAGUCGACGGAACAAUUGGUUCUUGCGAACUCAGUUCCAGCAUCCUGGAUGGUUCGGCAAACGGCACCUUGAGUGUCGCCGCUGGAAACACUGUGUACUUCUUCGACGGCGCGCGUCCUGGUGCUUUGCUUGACUCCAAGAACUUGGGUCAGGAGAUUGCCAGUGUGUCUGUGUGUGGAAGUCAGCGUCGUUUCGUGACCGGCAGUGCCAGAGACACCUUUGUGCGUGUAUGGGAUCUCGACUCUGGUGCCGAGAUUGAAACACGCAAGGGUCACCACGGCCCCGUAUGGACGAGCGCAUUCUCCCCCGACGGCAAGCUCUACGCUACCGGCAGCGAGGACGGCACUAUCAAGUUGUGGAAAGCCACGACAGAGUCUUACGGUCUGUGGAGAUAA